UAUCUCACAAUUUACUUAUGAUGCGCUACCUGUAAAAUGAUGUAUACAUUUUAUACUCCAUAUUUAUCAAUUGUAUUAAAAAGUCGGAUGUUAAAAAAAGUAAGUAUCGAAUUAUAUUACCGUUUAAAAUUAAAUUAUUAAGUAUAAAUAAUUAAAACUUCAUAAAUAAUCUAUAAGCUAUACUGCAUAUAUUACUAUUCAUUUGUAAUUAAUGCUUGAUAUUAAACGAUCCUAUAUAUUCUUUCGUUAUUCCAGGAAAGUCGGGGCAUAGCAAAUCCGUUAACUUUACGUUAAAUAUAAUUAUAUUAUGGAUACAAUUAUAGUUAUAAUUUUAUUUAUACAAAUUAUACGUAUUAAUUUGUAAGUAAAAUUUAAAUAAAUAAAUAGGUAAAAUUUGAAAGCUUAAUAAUUGCAAAUUGUAAGCUUGCAAAUUUAUAGUGCAUUGGCUAUAGAGUCACGUUUAUGUAUUCGAAGUUGAAGAUAUUCAUGUUUGAAAUGUCUGAUUGUGUUCUACCAAAUUCUAAAGGAUUUUCUUAAUCCUAUAUUUUUAAGAUCAUCCUGAUUAUCGUAAGUCAAUCCAUCUUUGAAAUCUCACGUUCAUUCUUACAAGGAUUAAAAUCAUGUCAUAAAUCAGUCUCCAAACUUCUAUGGCACGUGUCAAAUCAUAUUCUCUUGCUAUAGCAUGCACGAAAGCAUGCGCCUUAAUAGUAUGUGUUCAUCUUACAAAGUUCUCUCAAAUGUGUAUAUAUUCUUAAUACACGACCUUCGCUACAAGUAGAUCUUUCAGGAAUAAAAGAUAAAUUAUUUUAUCAGUAAAUUUUUCGCAGAUAAAGAACUUGAGAGCAAAUUGUUAUAAAAUAAUGUACAAUUCUGCAUUGAAACAUUUAAAAAUGUUUAUGUUGUGCUGGAUCCAAGUGGAAAUUGAAUGUAUGGAAAAGCAUUGAUGUAUCUUUUCACCCAAAAGUAUAUUAUCAACAGCAAUAACAAACGUGUAAAACUGACUUAGAACAGUUAAUACUUCCGUGAGAUGGAAUCUUUAUCAGAAAUAUAAAACGAAAGGAAAUUGGUGAUUAGGUCAAUUAAAAUUGGAAGCAGAAUCGGAAAGAGUUGAAGUUCAACACGAAAACAAGUUGCACUAUGGAGAAUAUUAAAAAAAAGACUAUCGAAUACAAAUAAAAAUACUCUACCUUCUGAACCUGCUGCUCUUCUUGAUUGUCCUCGUGUUCCUCAUCAUUUAUUCACCUCAAAAUAGUAAUAUUCGAAUGGCUCCACCCGAUAUAAAAGAGCGUUAUAUCAAAAGCAAAGAAGCGGAUGCGAACAUCAAUUAUGACAUUUCUCGUCAUCAACAUAAAAUAAGAGACAUUUCUUCUAAAACUGAAUGCGGAGAGAAAGACGAAGAUGCAGUAAUGCUGAACAGAAAAUGCAGUAUAAAAAAAUCUGAACUCUGCGAGUAUUGUGUUACUUUGGAAGCCAUUUGUAAAAUAAACAUAACAGAAACAGAAGGAGAACAGGAGGGAAAAAGGAUGAUUCUGAAGAAAAGAAAAAACAAGAAAGUAGACAUUGCAUUCUGGACAACGUUACAGAUCACCAGAUCAUUCCAUUCCCAAUAUAUGGGAAUGGAAUGAGCUGGGGAUGGAAUGGGAGCCUAAGACUAGAUAUCGCACAAUUUGAAGAGGAUUCUGAAGGAAAUCUGAACAUUUGGCUGAAGGAAAAUAGAUAUUCUUCUUUAAAAGAAUACAGAUUAAAUGAAAACGGAAGUUAUAAAAUUCUGAGGGAAAUUCGUUUGCCUGACAUAUCGACAGAUUGGGGAAUUGUAUACAAUGGAAUUUAUUACGGUCGAUAGGAUUUUGAUCACAGAAUUUUCAAACACAACCUCCAGACUUUGGAACCGAAACUAGGAUAAAUAAUCAGUCCUAUUACACAAAUUGAUUACUUAUUCUUUCGCAUAGACGAGGACAAUAUUUGGGUAUUUGACCUUAUAGGUCAUGGUAUUACCGAAAUUUACGAGGCGCUUCAAAUCGAUCCAGAGAACUUAGAAAUUUUGUCCAAGCAAACUGUUGAUGCUGGAAAUUGCAGGAUGGAAUAUGCAUUCGUUGCUUAUGGCAGGGUUUAUUGCUUGGAAGAUUUGAAAAUAGUACAGAUUUCUUUUUUGUCAAAUAAAACCGAAAAGGAAAUUCCAUACAUUGCUAUAAAUGUUGAUAGAAAAAAAUAUGGUAAUGUUGUUAAUCAGUUCUAUAAUUUCAAAGAGCAACGUCUUUAUGCACUUUACCGAUCCUACGGUCCCAUCAGUUAUACACUUCAUAUAUUCAAAUUACAUUUCAAUUGUUCGUCUGAGGAGUGAAAAGUUGCAUCGACAUAUUGAGGUCUAUUAUUUUGUUUUAUUAUACAUUUUUUUUAAUAUAAAGUCGUUACAAUUAAUUGAUAUAAUGAAUAAUUUUUAUUUUAAAUUUUUGUUCUUAAUAUAUUCCCUGUAUGAAAUUUCAAUAAAUAU